UUGGAUGGCAGUGGGGGGAAAUGAGGGGAGAAAAGAAGGCCACAGCUAUGAGCAGAGCUGCUUGUUAUAUUUAGCUGCUGCUGUGGCAGUGGCAGUCAGGGUGCUGUGGUUGCUGCUCUAAAUAUGUUCUGGCCAGUUGAGGUUUCCAGCCCUGUAAUGGUCCAAGUCCACAGGGAGCUGGGCAGCAGUGUCACUGGCUUCCAGCACACUGCAGCUGGGGGAUUGCUUUCACUGGGUUCAGGGCUUGGUGAUUAAUUCAGCAAAUUUGGGAAACUUCUGAUAAAUAAUGUCUUUACUAAUUGAGAGGGAGAAAAAAACCCCAAGUAUGGGUGUUUAGGAUGCUUCAGUGGGGAUGUACUGUGGGAGCAUGGCAGGGUGGACACCUCAAACUGAUCAGUGUUUUAUUUUUGCUUUUAGCCUUUGCUCACCAAAGGCUGCCUUCUCCUUUAGGGGUGCAGCAGUAACUUUUGGUAUCAUGUCUUCUCUUCCAGCCCUGAAUCCUGGUGCUACUGAGGCAACUGCAGGCACUUUAAAGAUGUGGCUGAGCACAGAGGAGGGGCAGGAGAACGACAGGCUCAGGACAUGGUCCCUCGAGCAGGAUCUUUCAUUCCUCUGUUCUAAAAACUACCAACAAAACUAAGCACAGGAGGUAUUGCAUAAGCACCAACAAGGCAUUUGCCUGAUCUGCAUUUCUCAGUGCAUGAGAUCAGCUCCAAAUAUCUGAUCUGAGAAAGCUGCUGGUGCACAACUGCUGUAACUGAUAGGAAUUACCUCUGUGAGUCAUCUCAUAGGAUGGUUCAGUGGCAAAUAUGAACAUUUGUCAACAACUCCUUGGGACAUCAUGAGUUUGCUGGAAUCUGGACCACAGAACACUUGCAAUAGCGCUUUCUAAAUUUGAAUUUCAGUUAAAUGAAAGAAAAAUAGUCCUCUGGAUCAACUGUAGCGAUGGCUAGCAAAAGGAAAUCCACAACUCCCUGCAUGAUACCAGUAAAAACUCUGGUGCUUCAGGAGACCGAACAGGAUGCUGGAGAAGAUGAUCAUGAAGGAACACAACCAGAGGCUCCGGCAGAAGGACCAGCAGCGAGUGAUGCUGGGGCCAGCAACAGCAAUAACGGAGCUUUGUCCAACGGGCACCGUGGCAUUGCCGAUGGUGACACUUACAUCUGCAAGCCUUGUGACUUCGGCUCUCAAGACCUUCACCAGUUCUUUGGGCACUUGGACUCUGAGCACUCAGAGUUCAGCAAAGAGCCCGCGUUCGCGUGUGUCGGGUGCAGCUUUCUGGCCAACAGCCAUGAAGGGCUCUCACACCACAACGCUGAGUCGCACGCCGGUGAGACCGGCUUUGUCUGGAGGCUGGUGAAGCAGGACAGUCGUACAACCGUGGAGCAGAGUCUCUGUGAGGCCACCAGCAGCCAUGACCUGCCAGGAGAGGUCCCUGAGGAAGGGGCAGACGGCCAGUCUGAAAUUAUCAUUACCAAAACCCCUAUCAUGAAGAUAAUGAAGGGUAAACCCGAGGCCAAAAAAAUCCACACGCUGAAGGAGAAUGUGUCAAGUCAGUUGGGCGGUGAGUCAGAGGUAAAGGAUGGAGAGCAUUCAUUCCCAAAUGGGUCGGUGCCAGUCAGCCAGCCCACUGCAAGUUCAUCAAAGUCAUCCCACAUAGUGAAUGGCUCUAUCAUAGGAAACGUGCCUGUUCUGCCGGCGGGUGUUGCACAACUUGUGUCUCUGCAGCAGCAGCCCCCGUUGCAUCAGCAGCUCCCUACAUCCAAGUCCCUUCCCAAGGUGAUGAUCCCACUGAGCAGCAUUCCCACAUACAAUGCUGCCAUGGAUUCCAACAGCUUCCUGAAAAACUCUUUCAACAAGUUCCCCUACCCUACCAAAGCUGAGCUCUGCUACUUGACUGUGGUGACCAAGUACCCAGAAGAGCAACUGAAGAUCUGGUUCACUGCCCAGAGGCUGAAGCAGGGCAUUAGCUGGUCACCAGAGGAGAUCGAAGAUGCCAGGAAGAAGAUGUUCAACACUGUUAUCCAGUCUGUGCCACAACCCACCAUUACAGUGCUGAACACGCCCCUGGUUGCAAAUCCUGGGACUGUUCCCCAUCUUAUCCAGGCAACUUUACCAGGCCACGUGGUGGGGCAGCCAGAGGGGACAGGGGGGCUGCUGGUCACGCAGCCCAUCAUGGCAAAUGGGUUGAAGGGCACCAGCUCUUCUUUCACCUUGGCAGUGACUUCUGUCCCCAAGCCCCAGCCGGCAGCGCAGCACAGCACCGUGAGCUCCAGCAACACAUCCGGGGUCAAGGUGGUCAACAGCGCCCAGUCCCUGCUCACCGCCUGCCCUGCCAUCUCCUCGCAAACCUUCCUGGAUCCCAAUGUCUACAAAAACAAGAAGUCCCAUGAGCAGCUCUCAGCCCUCAAAGGCAGCUUCUGCAGAAACCAGUUCCCUGGCCAGGCUGAGGUCGAGCGGCUGACAAAGAUCACGGGCUUGUCCACCAAGGAGAUCCGAAAAUGGUUCAGUGACAGGAGGUACCACUACAGGAAUGUGAGAGGCGGCCGGGCCGUCUUCCCUGGAGACAGUGCUCUUGAUUCCCUGCCCGAAAUCACCUUAGACGUCCCACCCAGAGGAGCUGAGCUGAGCCCUGCGGCGGUGGCGGCUACGCCGGCCCCUCACCCCCCACCACGGCGGCAGUCGUGGCACCAGGCACCCGACUUCACCCCGACCAAGUACAAGGAGCGAGCGCCGGAGCAGCUGAAGGCCCUGGAGAGCAGUUUUGCCCAAAAUCCCCUUCCCGCGGAGGAAGAGGUGAACCGCCUGAGGGGGGAGACAAAGAUGACACGGAGGGAGAUCGACAGCUGGUUCUCGGAGAGGAGGAAGAAGAAGGUGGCGGAGGAGAAUAAGAAAGUGGAGGAUGUGGCUCAACAGGAGGACGAGGAGGCAGAGAAUGGCGGCGGGGAAGGGGAAGACUCCUCGGAUGAGCAGAGGGCCACGAGUGAAAACGGCUCAGUCGACGCCUCCGGCAGCAACCCGAACUCGGCGGAGCGGAAGGUGAGUCCCAUCAAAAUCAACCUGAAAAACCUGCGAGUGACCGAGUCCAACGGCAAAAACGAGGUACCGGGGACCGGCGCAAAUGAAAAGGGGGACGGCAGCUCCAGCCGGCCGCCCACCCCUCCCAAAACCAAACUGAACUUCAAAAAAACGGCCCAGCAGCGGCAUCUGCUGAAGCAAAUGUUCGUGCAGACCCAGCGCCCCACGAACCAGGAGUAUGAUGCCAUCGUGUCCCAGACGGGCCUGCCGCGGGCCGAGGUCAUUCGCUGGUUCGGGGACAGCCGCUAUGGCUACAAGAACGGGCAGCUGAAGUGGUAUGAGAACUACCGGCAGGGGGUCUUCCCCCCGGGGCUGGUGGAGGUCAGCCCCGCCGGCCGGGAGGUGCUCGAGGACUACUACGAGAAGCACAAGGGGCUGCGGGAGGAGGACGUGCCCGGCCUCUGCGAGCGCGCCCGCCUCGGCGCCCAGCAGCUCAAGAAACAGACUGAACUCAAGCCACCAGCCCUGGAGGAUCCGCUCUUACCCUUGAGAAGAAAUUAGUGAUGUUUAAGAAACCCAUGGGCCGGCCUGACCCAAGCCUGAGGAGCAGGACGUGGUGAUGAAGCACUGCCAUACAUGAGACCUUUGGGCACAGCACACGAGACAGCACAUGCACAAACUGAGCUCUCGGUGCUGAGCUCUUGGUGGCCCAGCCAAGGAGAUGGCUGGGAGCUGGCAGGGGCAGGGGCUCAGCUCACACCCAGGAAAUAGGAUGCUCCUGUUUGCUUUCCAGUGACAGACUUUCAGAUUUCAUAUUCAUAUACCGAUGCCUACAGCUGCCUAUACAAGCAUAACAAAUCUCAGACAUUGUGUAAACAAGGUCAUUGCUUAGAUAUGGACUAUCAUGGCAUAGUACUUGUUUCUUGUUUCUUUUUUUUUUUUUUUUCAUCUGUCCAUUAAGGUGUUUGUUCUCUAAAGGUUGGCAUGGCUGCGUAUAUCCUCUCUGCCCUUUCUGGUCCUUAAGCCCUGGCAGUGAAGGGCUUUGUGGGCACACAGGUGUGAGUGUAUUAUGAAAGGGAAGGGAUUUGAGAAGAAAAUUGCCAAUCUUGCAUUUGAGUGAGAUUCUCCUCCCUUCAGAUGAGGUUAGAGUGAGCAUUGCAUACUCUCUGAUAAGCAGCAGGUUCCCAGAACUGAGGCAGCCCUGGAGAUGGAGUUUGGUGUCAUUUGUCCCUUGCUGGCAAGAACACUUUCCCCUGUGCUCCUGGAGACUGACUGUAACAGGCUGUUAAAUCUCCAAGUCUCUCUUUAAUAUCUGAGAACUAGCACAUAAUUUUUGCAUCCUGACCUGGAAUCCUUUUUAUUGUUUGGAGAGAACAGUCUGUUCUUCAGAGAACAAACGCAGAGAGUCACAGUGUGGCUGUGAGUGGUUCAAGUCAUUGUUGUCACCAAGGCAGCGGCUCUACUGCCACCAGGAAGUUUCCUUCUUGCAGCCCUACAUGGCAGUUCCUCCUGCAGCACUGCUGGUGAUUUCAAGUGUUUGUUCCAGUUCUUUUGGUUUUUCUUUUCUUAUUUUUUCCCCCGGCCAUGUGCAAUAGUUCUGGAAAAAGAGCAAAAUAAAUUUCCCAGUUAUCCA